UGUUGUCGCAACAGAGCUUCGAGCCGUUGAUUUGCGCUAUACCUGACGACAAGCAAUUGAAAGCUCCACGAGCUCAAAUUUGUAGUCGCCAUGCUUUGCGGAAUUUCUGGAGAGGCUCCUCAAGAGCCCGUCGUUUCUAAGAAGUCCGGUGUUGUUUACGAGAAGCGCCUUAUCGAUCAAUAUAUCAACGAACAUGGCACCGAGCCCGAUUCUGGCGAGGCCCUGACCGCCGAUGACCUCCUCCCCAUCCAUUCGUCGCGUAUUGUCCGACCGCGUCCUCCUACCCUCACAUCGAUUCCCGCUCUCCUCGCUACUUUCCAGAACGAAUGGGACGCGCUGGCUUUAGAGACAUAUAACCUUAAGGAGCAGCUUGCGCGCACCAGAGAGGAGCUUGCCACAGCAUUGUAUCAGCACGACGCUGCCGUCCGAGUUAUUGCACGACUCACAAGGGAGCGAGACGAGGCCAGGGAUGCUUUGAGCAAGGUCACUGUGACAGGAGGUGCGGUCGAUGGUGAUUCUAUGCAGGUCGAUAGCGUGGAGAAGUUGCCAGAGGAACUUGUUGCCAAGGUGGACGAGACCCAUCAGACAUUAUCAAAGGGUCGCAAGAAGCGUCCUGUCCCCGAGGGUUGGGCCACCGGCGAAGAGAUUUCGGCUUUCGAGAGCGCGACCACACACUCCUUGCCUGUUCCUGAGGCUACCGCCCUUACUGUUGGAGGAACCAAUGCCGCGGCAGUUGGAGGCUUGAAGGGACAGGCAGUUGUCUACUCUACCACCGAGGAUAAGGUCGAGCAGUCUCUCUCAGUGGGUGAGCCUGUUACAGACGCUGUUUGGGCUGAGGCCGGUGUCGCAUUUGCGACUGGCCAAGGCAGUGUCAAGGUCUUCCAGGAGGGUAACCAGGUUGCAUCACUGAGUGAACAUGCUGGUGCUGCUACGGCAUUGAGCCUGCACCCCAGCGGUGAAAUUCUGGCCUCUGUUGGUACAGAUAAGAGCAUCGUGUUCUACGACUUGGUCGCACAGAAACGUGUUGCCCGCGCUUACACCGAUGCUGCUCUUACAUCUUGUGCCUUCCACCCUGAUGGUCACCUCUUUGCCGCCGGUACCACAUCAGGCGAAAUCAAGCUCUUCAUGACCAACACUCUUGAGCAGGCAGCUUCUUUCAGCCUGGGCGCCCCUAUCCAGGCUCUCAGCUUCUCCGAGAACGGCUACUGGUUCGCAGCUACAGCCAAGGGCCAGACCAUGGUCACUAUUUUUGAUCUGCGUAAAGAGGGAGACGCGGCGGUGGCCAAGGUUCUUGAGACUGGCGGGCCGGUCCAGUCCCUGGCGUGGGACUACAGUGGCCAGUUCCUCGCCACUGGCGGUGCGGCUGGAGUUACAGUGCAACAGUUCACCAAGUCCAGCAAGAAGUGGACCGAGCCUUUGAAGAGUUCUACACCCUCCGUUGCUGUUCGGUGGGGAGAGUCUGCAAAGCAGAUCGUAACAGUCAAUGGUGAGGGUGUGGUCAGCGUACUUGCAACAAAGGAAUAGACUGGGGUUUAGAUGGAAUUUCGUUGAGAAGGAGACGCCUGGAUGAUUCCCUUGAUAAUUUGUAUUAUACGCCCGAAUAAAGGGUCAAAGCAAAGCACAGAGGUUGGUGUUUGAAAAUUGAUAAUUAUGGUUCUGGUUUUUGCAUAUUGAAAUGGAAGGCAGAACUUAGCACCUCUAUUCUAAGUGACAAAAAAAGUAC